ACAAAGGUUAAUCAAGGGCAAAGAAAAGAAGUUAAAGAAAGGAAAAGACAGAAACGAAAAUAUCAAAGAGAAGAGAAUAGAGAGGAUCGAGGUAUAUGUUAUGAGAAUACACUGUAACAAUUGUUUAUCAUUUUCUUAGAUUUUGAUGGUAUUCAAUGGGGUAAUAAUUGUAAUGAAUUGAAUGCAUCAUAUGCAGCAGAUGGUUACGCACGUAUUCGUGGCAUUGGAGUUCUUGUAACAACAUUUGGUGUUGGUGAGUUGUCAGCUAUCAAUGGUAUUGCUGGCUCAUUUGCUGAAAUGGUUCCUGUCGUUCAUAUUGUUGGAAUGCCACCAACAGCUUCUCAAUCAAGUGGUGCCAUUCUUCAUCAUACACUGGGCAAUGGAGAUUUUCGAGCUUUUGCAAAUAUGUUUAAAGAAGUAACUGUUGCUCAAACAAUUUUAACAAAAAACAAUGCUAUCGAAGAAAUCGAUCGUGUUCUCAUUCAAUGUUUGCUCAAAGGUCGACCAGUUUAUAUUGGUUUAGCGAUAGAUCUUAGUGAUUUUGAAGUUAACAUUGAUCCAUCACAUCUAAAAUCGCUCAAAUUAAAAAUUCCACAUAAUCCAAAAGAUGUUCAUGCAGCAGCCAUUGAAACUGUUAUUAAUGUUGCUAAAAGAGCUGAAAAUAUAGUCGUUAUUGUUGACGCAUGUGCUAUUCGACAUGAUUUAAUGAAAAUAGUUUUAAAGUUUAUUGAACAUACUCAAUUACCAAUAUAUGUUACACCUAUGGCUAAAGGUGGUAUUGAUGAAAAUCAUCCACAAUUUCGUGGUGUUUUUGCUGGAAAUUGUUCACUUGAACAAGUACAAAAAGAAGUUUAUGCUGCUGAUCUUGUUCUUUCAAUUGGCUCCAUGAAUAGUGAUUUUAAUACUGGUGGUUUUACUUAUCGUUUACUACAAAAGAAAACCAUUGGUAAAUAAUAUUGAAUAUUUCAUGAAAAAUAGACCUAUCUAUAUUUUUCAUGAUAUCUCUUUUAAUUUUCUACAAAAUAACCAAUUUUUUUUUAUUAAAAGUAUUGUUCGAUGAUCAAUGUUUCUUGUUCGAAAAUAGCCAUCGGUAUCAAAUUGAAUAUUUCAACAGGACGGUGCUUAACAAAGCUCGUAUCCAUCAAUUAACACAAUAAUGAUGUUAGGACAUCUUUUCAUGUAUGAUGAAGAAGAAACAUUGAUCAUCAAACACUUCAAAUUUAAAUCAUGAACCAAAUUUUAGUCAAAAAAAAAAUUCGACAGAAAACUUCUUUUAGGAAAUUCUUUUUAUCUUUGACACAUCAUUGAAAGUAUCUCCUGAAGAAUAACGAAAAUUAUUUAUAUUAAUCAAAAGUAGACUAUUUUGUAGAGAAUUUUUCCUACAACAAACAUCCGAUAAUGAUAAUAAUAAUAAUAAUAAUAAUAAGUUAUUCUGAGU